AUGGCACGUAAAAUCCUGGAAGAGGCCGAGUGCGAAGAGCACUAUAAAAAGACUGUUUCACGAAACGAAGACGGCCGUUUUGUGGUCCGACUUCCCUUUAAACAGCCGCAUCCGGAAGAAGCUCUAGGCGAUUCGCUGCGAAUCGCACUCUCCGCGUUGACAAGGCUGAGAAGAAAGUUGGACGCGGAUUCCGCGCUCCUCAAAUCCUACGGCGAAUUCCUGUCGGAGUACGAAUCCAUGAAUCAUAUGACUCGACUUAAGUCGAUAGAUUCAUCGAGAUUGUACAUUCCGCAUAGAGCCGUGGUGCGAGAAGAGAGCGUUACGAUGAAAUUACGCGUCGUUUUGAAUGCUUCGAGCACGUCAGCGGGCGGCAGCUCGCUGAACGAUCUCCUCCACGUUGGGCCGAAGUUGCAGCGUGAUAUCACUGCAAUCUUAACGAAUUGGCGGCUGUACCA